AUGGAGUGGAAUAACGAAAAAGUGUUGGAGUUCAUUCAGUUUUAUGAAACAGAAAAUAUUAUAUGGAAUCCUAGUAACCCAGACCACAAAAAGAAGCAUUUGGUACAUGAUGCGUGGACGAGAAUUCAAAAUAGGCUCAGUUGGCCUACCACAAUAGAAGAAAUGAAGAGGAAAAAAGAUUCUUUGAUGUCGUACUACAGAGCUCAUCUCAAUAAAAUAAAGAAAUCAAUGAGGUCAGGCGCUGGCACCGACGACAUAUAUCAAACAAAUUGGUUCGCCUUUUCGGCUAUGAACAGUUUUCUUCAGCCAAUAUAUGAUUGUCGCCGGACUAUCGAUACACAGGCUCCAGAAGUCGUCGUUUAUAGGGAAAGGCGCGUUGAAUCCAAUAUUAUUGGAAUCAUAAGUCCAGAUCCAAGCCUCCGUCAUGCAUCCGUGGACAGAAUUUGCUCUAUAUCAUCGAUCCAUACCGCGCAACAAAGUGAGUACCUGUCCAUCGUAAUCCAUCACAAUUACAAAUGCAAGUGA